CCCAUGGCAAACCGGUAACACACCGACGGAGUCGAUAAGACGUCAACGGCCGCUGGCAAACUCCGACUAAAGACUGGAAUAAAACCCACAUUUUCGACUGGGCAGUGGGUAUUUAUCUAUAAACUUCAUAUCUGCGUGGAUGCCUUUAAAUGUUAAGAUAUUGUCAUUUAGAAGACACCGCGAAUGGUUCGAGGCUCCUGACAUACUCUGUUUCGCGACGGCUGUUAAAACCAUUUUCCUCGGUCUUUUUGCUUGCCAGCUGGUAGCAAUUACGGAUCAACGACAUACGGUAGGAGACACGGUGGGGAGUCCGUGCUCUUUUGGUUGCCUGACUCGGUACUGUCUGGGUGGACCUCGGACUGGAGCAGCACCUCGGAGCGGCCCGCUUCGACAGCGCGGUAGAGCCGGGGUGUAGUUCGUCUUACGGAGGACAUUCAGCGGCUUUAAACAAACACCUUUCAGCCGCUAUUUGAUCUCCAGGAGCCGGCUAGAAUCCGGACAGAGACCUCAUGAAUGGAAAUCGGAACUACAGGAGCUGUUGGGGCUGCACCCCUGUUCUCCGUACCUCGGAGGCCAGGCUAUGGCACCAUGGGGAAGCCCAUCAAGCUGCUGGCCAACUGCUUCCAGGUGGACAUCCCCAAAAUGGACGUCUACCUGUACGAUGUGGACAUCCAGCCCGAAAAGUGCCCACGUCGUGUUAACAGGGAGGUGGUGGAUUCCAUGGUGCAGCACUUUAAGGUGACAAUCUUUGGGGACAGAAGACCAGUCUAUGAUGGCAAGAAAAGCCUCUACACCGCCCAACCGUUGCCAGUUGCCACAGGGGGGGUGGACCUGGAUGUGACCUUGCCAGGUGAAGGUGGGAAGGACAGGCUGUUUAAGGUCACCAUUAAGUUUGUGUCACUGGUCAGUUGGCACUUGCUGCAUGAGGUCCUCACUGGGCGGAGCACACCUGAUCCUCUGAACCUGGAUAAGCCAAUCAGCACCAAUCCCGUACAUGCUGUGGAUGUUGUUAUGCGCCAUCUGCCCUCUAUGAAGUACACCCCAGUGGGACGAUCUUUUUUCUCUUCCCCCGAGGGCUAUGAUCACCCACUGGGUGGGGGGAGGGAGGUGUGGUUUGGCUUCCACCAAUCAGUGCGUCCGGCUAUGUGGAAAAUGAUGUUGAACAUUGAUGUGUCUGCCACUGCAUUCUACAAAGCUCAACCUGUGAUUCAGUUCAUGUGUGAGGUUCUGGAUAUCCACAACAUCGAUGAGCAGCCUCGACCGCUUACUGAUUCCCACAGAGUCAAAUUCACCAAAGAGAUCAAAGGUCUAAAGGUGGAGGUCACCCACUGUGGCACCAUGCGGAGGAAGUACAGGGUGUGUAAUGUUACUCGUCGACCAGCCAGUCACCAAACGUUUCCAUUACAGUUGGAAAAUGGCGAGACCGUGGAGAGAACAGUGGCACAAUACUUCAGGGAAAAGUACAACUUACAGCUCAAGUACCCCCAUCUGCCCUGCCUGCAAGUAGGGCAAGAGCAGAAGCACACAUACCUGCCUUUAGAGGUGUGUAACAUUGUGGCAGGCCAGCGCUGUAUUAAAAAAUUAACAGACAACCAAACCUCCACCAUGAUCAAAGCCACGGCCCGCUCGGCACCAGACAGACAGGAGGAGAUCAGCAGACUGGUGCGCAGUGCCAACUACAACUCGGACCCCUUCGUGCAGGAGUUUCAGUUCCGUGUGCGGGAUGAGAUGGCGGAGGUGACGGGUCGUGUCCUGCCCGCCCCUAUGCUCCAGUACGGCGGCAGGGUGAGCUCUGAACACUUUAUGAAUCGUACAGUAGCCACCCCAAGUCAUGGAGUGUGGGAUAUGAGAGGCAAGCAGUUUCAUACUGGUGUGGAGAUCAAGAUGUGGGCCAUUGCCUGCUUUGCCACUCAGAGACAAUGCAGAGAGGAAGUUCUCAAGGGCUUUACAGACCAGCUCCGGAAGAUCUCUAAGGAUGCAGGGAUGCCCAUACAGGGCCAGCCAUGUUUCUGCAAAUACGCUCAGGGUGCAGAUAAUGUGGAGCCCAUGUUCCGCCACCUGAAAAACACCUACGCUGGCCUCCAACUCAUCAUCGUCAUUUUACCUGGGAAGACUCCUGUCUACGCUGAAGUGAAACGUGUUGGAGACACUCUUCUGGGAAUGGCCACUCAGUGUGUUCAGGUGAAGAACGUGGUGAAAACCUCCCCUCAGACCCUCUCCAACCUCUGUCUCAAGAUCAACGUCAAACUGGGUGGCAUCAACAACAUACUGGUACCCCAUCAGCGCCCAACUGUAUUCCAGCAGCCUGUCAUUUUUCUGGGAGCUGAUGUCACUCAUCCGCCUGCAGGAGAUGGCAAGAAACCCUCCAUUGCAGCUGUGGUGGGCAGCAUGGACGCUCACCCCAGCAGGUACUGCGCUACCGUCCGUGUUCAGAGGCCCAGACAGGAGGUGAUUCAGGACCUGGCGUCCAUGGUGCGAGAGCUGCUCAUCCAGUUCUACAAGUCCACCCACUACAAACCCACCAGAAUCAUCUUCUACAGGGAUGGUGUGUCUGAGGGACAGUUCAGACAGGUGCUGUACUACGAGUUGUUGGCCAUACGUGAAGCUUGCAUCAGCCUCGAGAAGGAAUAUCAACCAGGAAUUACUUACAUAGUGGUGCAGAAGCGUCACCACACUCGUCUCUUCUGCGCUGACCGCACUGAGAGGGUGGGUCGCAGUGGUAACAUACCAGCAGGUACCACAGUGGACACUGAUAUCACCCAUCCUUAUGAAUUUGACUUUUAUCUGUGCAGCCAUGCUGGAAUACAGGGUACAAGCCGACCUUCACACUACCAUGUGCUAUGGGACGACAACUGCUUUACAGCCGAUGAAUUCCAGCUCUUGACCUACCAGCUGUGCCACACAUAUGUGCGCUGUACCCGCUCCGUUUCCAUCCCUGCGCCUGCCUACUAUGCCCACCUAGUGGCCUUUAGAGCCCGCUACCAUUUAGUGGAUAAAGAGCACGACAGUGCGGAAGGCAGCCACGUGUCGGGCCAGAGUAAUGGCCGAGACCCCCAGGCCCUGGCCAAAGCUGUGCAGAUCCAUCACGACACUCUGAGGACCAUGUACUUUGCUUAGCCCCGCCUCCACAGACCUGUCAGUCACUGGUCAUCAUGCACUUAGCGGAGGAGGGCUUCUCCCAAUCACAGGCUGCUAAUGAGAACCAAAUGUAGAACUUACAGGAGGAACUAGCACUGUUAUGCAAUAGAAAAACAGCCAAUCUUUCCAGUCUGCUUCGCUUACUAAUUGUUUUUAAUAUGUAGAUAGCAGCUAUACCAUUAUUUAUUAGAUUUGUACAUCUGUUUAACUAUUAAUUUUGCUUAUUUAGGUCACAAAACCAAGUUUAAGAAGGUUUGCUUGAUGAACUCAUUACUAGAUCAGUGAAUGAGGCAGUGUUAUUUCUUUAGGAGCAGAUUGAUUAGCCCUACUCAUCUUGAUUUCUCCUUUUACAGUUUUGUUCCACAACUAAUCAAACACGCAUGAAGUUGAACAUCGGUGUCUUCUGGUUUAGUUGAAAAUGUCAGGCAGGCGUGUCUGAACUAAUGCUGGAGGAAUGCCACUAGAGGGCAGUGCGAUGUUGGCUAGGACAUCUUACUGUAGGUCCUUCACUGGACAUUUGCUGCGCUAAUCUGAAACCAUCCUUUAUAUUUUACUAGUAAAUCAUGCUUUUCAAGCAAAAUCGUAUCUAGUAUCUGCAAAAAAGACAAUUGAAAUGUUAUUCCAUUUCAUUCCAACCAGUCAGAAAUCCAUAUUUGUUCCUUUGCAUCUCAUUUUCUUAUUCAGAUUUUUUAACAUGCGAGUAACCUCUUUUAUUCCAAUUUCACAGUCUUUCAAAUGAUUCUAUAUAACUCUGUGAUGCAUUAACUUUCUAGUUCAUGCGCUGUCUGGAAAAUAUUGCACCUACCAUUGAACUAUCGGUUCUUUUCGGUUCCUGGCGACUUUCUCUUUGGCUCGCUCAUUAAUUAUAAGUGACAGAUUAGCUAAGGACUGCGGAAUCAACAAAAGAUGAACUUUGAAACUCAAGGGUUGUCAAAACGUUUCCACAUAGUCAGUUGUUUAUGUAUGUUUGUUGAAUGCUGUGUGCCUCAUUCAUUUUGAGUGCGCUUACAACACAAGCAUUCAAAUCAGUCAAAGCAUGACCAUUACACAUUUGAUGGAUGUGUGUGCACAUAUAAUCCACCCAAGGCUACUCUGAGGCCUACGUCAUCCAUUAAUAUUAACUUUACAACUGUUAGACAUUUCAUUCUGACUAAUGAUCUCAGCUUAUUUAUAAUGUUGCUUUUAACUUGCAUUUGUCAAUAGCGCAUCUGUAAAUUUAAUUUAUCAGUUAAACUUUUCAGUUUCUUUAUUUCACGUUUUAGCCCUGUGAACUCUGACAAACACUGUCCCAUAAUCCUUUUAGUGCAAUAAGUUAAUUAUUGACGGCUCUGUCGUAGACUUUCAUUAUACCAUGCAAACCGAACCUUAUGAGUGAAUGCUUUAAUUUAAAAAAAACUUUUGUAUGUGGCAUUGUGUAAGAGAACUUGAAUUGAUAUGGAUGAUGUGUGCUAGAAGGCUAGAAUGCUGGGUUGCGUUUACAGAGGAGAUGGAUACUCUCAUGGCUAUGUUUUAUGGGAAAGAAUCAGUUUGCUGUCAAGAGAUUUUGGACAAACCUUGCUGUCAAAUGAGACAAAGUGCCUGUUUUGUAGGAAAUAUCCCUAAAAUGCAAUUCUGUUGGGGUAUUUUUAAAUAUAUAAUUAAAGUAAGUGGCGUAUAUAUGGGUCGGACAGAUAUUUAGCUAUUGAAAUGGUUUUUAUUAAGGUCUUUCUGUUGUUAAAGGCAAUUUGAAUAGUUGAACUAAUAUAAAACUGAAUAAACCAAGUGCUGGGUCAUUUUCUUUUGAACUUUUAAA